GUGACUGUCUGGCGUCCUGUCAAAGACGGCGCGUGAAAGAGGGGCUUCUUUUGUGAGAAUGCCUCAGAUCAUGGCAGAGGCAUUCGCGAGAGGGUUGCUAGACAAGAUAAUGAUACAAGUUCUGGAUGUUAUAGACCGCGAUGCACAGGAAGAGGAAUCGUGGGAACCGCGUGUUGACGAAGAAACAAGCAAUGUCCAAUCGGAGUUUGUAAACGGCACAUUGCAAGCGCGCACACAGAGAAAUUAUAGCAAGGCCGAAGAAAUGGAAUUGAUCGCGAAGAUAGUUCGCGACUUGCGCGAUAUGCAGAUCGGAGAUUCGCGUUACGUACUGCCGCCUUCAUUGUUAGGGUUGGAGAAACAGGUGAAGUACGCCACGUGCAACAUCGAAAGUGUGACACUCACGAACCCGACAGUCGACGUUGUCGAAACUCAGCCUGCAAUUCAAGGUCAAGGCGACACGCAGCAGCAGAUUGUGCACACGUCAUCGGCGAAGCCAAAAACAGACCAGAAAGAAAAACAAGAUGAUGCACCUGUCGAAGCGACCAGUGUGUCCGCCGGUCUGCUGCAUCAGCUGAUCGAGGAGCUGGAGGACAAUGCGGUCCCAGUCCGCGCCAAGGACUCUUCCCCGAACACAACCAGUAAGGAACACGUCGCUAUUUGGGAGGAAAAAGAGGAGGAACUUAUCAAGACUAUUGAGGACAACGCAAACGAGAUCAGUACAAAGACUUUUCGAGAGAGCGGAUCGAUCGGCCACUUUCGCGCUACCGAGCUGAAGCACGAUGACGAACUGAGAUCUCGUUCGACUCAGCAUCUGCGAACUACCUCGAAAGAAACUGGUCUCGAGGAAAUCCAGUUGAAGAAACACGAGUUGAGUUCGUUGUCGUUGUUAAAGACGCUCGACGCCACGAUGACUGUGGAGCAGAUUCUACCUGCCAGUGACACGGAGAAGCGAAAACUCGACGAAGCGACGACGACAAAGAAGAAAAAGGGAUUUGGCAGCAGACUAAGGAGAUUUUUCCGCGCCGCUUUCGGCCGUCGGAAGAACUGAAUGCAAACUUUCAGAAAGAAAUGUUACCUCGCGAUCUACGUCAAGCACGACGACGACCUCGAGAGGUCCUUGUCUUUGUCUUCGCGGAGUAGCUUUUUUAGCAGAGCGUUUUUUUUUCGAGAGGGAACUGUGUCGCUUGUUUGCGAAUUCAGCCGAGUAAAAAUAGACGGUCUUGCGGUCUCCGUAACUUUAGCAUCUCGCUCGUACGAGCCGAGCGCGAAAAUCAGACCCUCUGUACAUUCUUAAGUGAUGAUCGCAAAGUGUUGUAUACAAAUUCGUAAAAUUCUGUAAAAUAUACCAUCUGAUGAUCUCA